AUGGAUGAAGUGGCUUCAGCAGUGGAUCGCAACGACGUGCAACAGCUGCAGACACUACUCAGCCAGCAGCCCAGCCUGCUCACUGAUAGGGACAGCGACGGCCAGACGCUGCUGCACAGGGCAGCAGUUGCAGGCAGCACAGAGUGCCUGCGAGUCUUGCUGGCCGCUGGUGCCUGCACCGAGGUGACCGUCACUGAGGGGGGCGCCACAGCUCUCUUCCUGGCGGCGCGUCAGGGUCACGAGGCCUGCGUGCGAGAGCUGCUGGCGGCGGGGGCAAACACUGAAGCGGCAGCCAAGGAUUGGAAGAGGCCGCUGCAGGCUGCCGCCCUGGAAGGCCACCUGGGCUGCCUGCAGCAGCUGCUGGCGGCAGCAGGGGCGAGCAUGGUGCUGCGGGAUGAGGAAGGCCUCACCCCUCGCAUGCAUGCAAUUAGGAAUAGGAAACUGGAAGCAGCACAGCUGCUGCUGGAGUUGAAGCAGCAGCAGGCGAAAAAGCAGCAGCCAGGUGUGCGCAGCAGCAGGGCCUCAUGCCGGGAGGAGGCUGAAACCCAGGGGACUGCUCCAGCCUCUACGGCUGCUGCCAAGGCUGAGGCUGUCGCUGCCCAGCUGCUGGCAGAGGAGGAGCGCGAGGAGCAGCAGCAAGCGGCCAGGCAGGCGGCCAAGGCCGCCAAGCGGCAGCGACAGAAGGAGCGGCAGCGGCAGCGGGCUGCUGUGCCGGCUGACGAGGCGGGUGAGACUGCCGCAGGCCAGGCUGCGGUGCCAGCGCCAGCUUCUCAGCAGGCAGAAGAUGCAUCAGCUGCAGCUGCAGGCACGUCUACGCCGGCAUCGGUAGGUUCUGAACUGGCAGAGCAGCUCACCCCUGCUAUGCCCGCCACGCCUGCUGCUGCUACUGGCAGCCAGCAGGGCAGCGGCAAGAAGAAGAGCAAGAAGAAGAAGAACACGGGAGGAACGCAAACGGCGGCAGCGCAACCACACUCGCUGGCAGCCGCUGGAAGCGGCGGUGCCACACCCACCCUGGGAGCUGAAGGGGCACCAGCAGAAGGAGCGGCGGCGAUAGCCGGAGGCAGCAGCGGUGUCGACGACGACGAGCUGGCGCUACUGCUGCAGCAGCUGGGAGAGCCGAUGCGUGACCCCGUAGUGGCGGCAGAUGGGCGCACCUACGAAAGAGCUGCCAUCGACGCCUGGAUGGCACGCCAGGCAGCGGCGGGCCAGCCGCCCUGCUCCCCGCUGACCAACCUGCCGCUGGCGAACCUGGUGCUGCAUCCGAGCGUGACCGUGCGCAGCCUGGUGCUGGGACUGCAAGCUGCGGGGCUGCUGGGGUGA